AUGUCGCACCCUCUCCACCCCUCGUCGGCGCGGUCCGACAUGGACGAGAUCGAGACCCUCGCCCGCGCCGCGCCGCCCCAGGCCGCCGCCGCCGCCGUACCCCCAGCCGCUUUGCGGCCCGCCUCCCCGCCCCGCGCCUCCAUCCCCGUCUCCUCCUCCGCGCUUCCCGUGCUCCCGCCCGUCAGGCUCCCGUUCUCCGCCGCGGUGCCGGGCUCCAUCGUCUCCGCCCCCGUCGUCUCGGGCUCCAUCGCCGCCCCCGGCUCCGUCGCCGUCCCCAUCUCCUCCGACGGGUUCGGCGGCCCCGAGCCCGCCAGCCACACGCUCACCGAGCCCGUCUGGGACACCGUCAAGCGCGACCUCCACCGCGUCGUCAGCAACCUCAUGCUCGUCGUCUUCCCCAACCCGUUCCGCGAGGACCCCGGCAAGGCGCUGCGCGACUGGGACCUCUGGGGCCCCUUCUUCUUCAUCGUCUCGCUCGGGCUCAUCCUCUCCUGGUCGGCCACCGCCGGCAAGUCUCAAGUGUUUGCAGUUGCCUUUGCUGUAUUAGCUGCUGGCGCUAUAGUUCUCACGCUUAAUGUUCUACUGCUGGGUGGGCACAUCAUCUUCUUCCAAAGCCUCAGCCUUCUUGGAUACUGCCUGUUCCCUCUGGAUGUCGGGGCUCUGAUAUGCAUGCUGAAUGACAGUGUCAUGCUAAAGAUAGUCGUGGUGAUUGUAACAUUGGCAUGGAGCUCCUGGGCAGCAUACCCGUUCAUGAGCGCUGCUGUCAACCCGCGGAGAAAGGCCCUGGCGCUGUAUCCUGUGUUCCUCAUGUAUGUCUCGGUUGGGUGUCUCAUAAUCGCAAUAGAUUAAGGUGGCGAACUGAGGACGAUUGCUAUGGUAUCGUCAGAGAUACCGAGUUUUGUUUUCUAGGUGCGCGAUUAGAAUGCGCGCGCCUUUUUUUUCCUUGCAUACAGAUCUUAGCUGACAUUCUCCUUUUCGUAGUUUUCGCUGGCUGCUUCAAGAUCUUACUAUCAAUUUUUUUUUGUAAGA